GCGGACUGACGCGGCCGAGUGUUGUCGCUUCAACGUGUUUGCUCUUCUAACCGCAGCCAUGUCUCCAUCAGUUCCCCUACAGGAGAUGAUCCGGACCAUCAGGUCGGCUCGGACCCAGUGUGAGGAGCGGGGGGUCAUUCAGAAGGAGUGUGCCGCCAUCAGGGCCCAGUUCAGACAGAACGACAACGGGAGCCGAUCGCACAACCUGGCCAAGCUGCUCUACGUGCACAUGCUGGGCUACCCGGCUCACUUCGGUCAGAUGGAGUGUGUGCGGAUGAUCGCCAGCCCUCGCUACAGCGAGAAGCGUGUGGGAUACCUGGGCGCCAUGAUGCUCCUGGACGAGAAGCAGGACGCCAGCCUGCUCAUCACCAACUCCAUCAAGAACGACUUGGCUCACAGCAACCAGUACGUCCAGUCUCUGGCUCUGUGCACGCUGGCCUGCAUGGGUUCAGCCGAGAUGUGCAGGGACCUGGCGCCGGAGAUCGACAGGUUGCUGCGCUCCUCCAACUCUUACGUAAAGAAAAAGGCUGCUUUAUGUGCCGUUCACAUCGUCAGAAAAGUCCAGGACCUCGGAGAACUCUUUGCCCCCUCCGCUCGCUCCCUCCUGUCUGAGAAGAACCACGGUGUGUUACAUGGUGCUGUUGUGUUGAUCACUGAGUUGUGUGAAAGGAGCCCAGAAACUCUGGAGCGGUUCAGGAAGACAGUCCCAGAUCUGGUCCAGAUCAUGAAGGGCCUGAUCAUCUCGGGUUAUUCUCCUGACCAUGACGUUGCAGGAGUCAGCGAUCCUUUCCUGCAGGUUCGGGUCCUAAGGUUGCUCAGAGUCCUCGGUCGGAACAACGAAGCAGCAAGCGAUGCCAUGAACGACCUCCUUGCUCAGGUGGCGACCAACACGGACAGUACGAAGACCGUGGGGAACGCUGUUCUGUACGAGACAGUCCUCACCGUGUUGGACAUAAAGUCAGAGAGCGGCCUCAGAGUUCUCGCGGUCAACAUUCUGGGAAGGUUUCUCCUGAACAACGACAGGAAUAUCCGGUACAUCGCCAUGAUUUCUCUUCAGAAGAUUGUGAUAACGGACCAUAUUGCAGUGCAGCGGCACCGGGGGACUAUAGUAGACUGCCUGAAGGACCCUGAUGCGUCUGUCAAACGGCGUGCUUUGGAGCUCUCCUUGGCUUUGGUGUCAGCCUCCAACAUCCGCUCUAUGAUGAAGGAGCUGCUCAUCUUCCUCUCCUCCUGCCCCCCUGAGCUCAGGUCUCAAGCUGCUAGUGGCAUUUUCAACGCUGCUGAAAGGUAUGCCCCCUCCCAGCGUUGGCACAUUGACACCAUCCUGCAUGUCCUCACCACGGCAGGGGGCGACGUGAGGGAUGAGACCGUGCCCAACCUGAUCCAGCUGAUCACCAACACCUCUGAGCUGCACUGCUACACCGUUCACAAGCUGUACCGGGCCCUGCUCACAGACAUCUCUCAGCAACCUCUGGUCCAGGUGGCGUGCUGGUGUAUAGGAGAGUACGGAGACCUGCUGCUCAGAGGAGAGUGUCAGGAAGCUGAACCUGUGCAGGUCACAGAAGACAAUGUCCUGGACGCUUUGGAGACGGUUCUGCAGUCGCACAUGUCGUCUCCGACAACCAGAGGCUUUGCUCUCACCGCCACCAUGAAACUGAGCACACGCAUCACUGAAAAUGUGGACCGCAUCCGAAGCAUCGUCAGCAUCUACGGCAGCUGCAUAGACGUGGAGCUCCAGCAGAGGGCAGUGGAGUACAACGCUCUCUUCAGAAAAUAUGACCACAUGAGGGCAGCAGUGUUAGAGAGGAUGCCCGUGGUUCAGAGGAACUUUCAGGGUCAAACCAGCGAGGAGGCCACAGAGGAGACUGUGAAGGAGAUCCAGCCAGCCAGAGUGAAACAGGAAGAGGCAGUGCUGCCACAACAUCCUGCUAACCAGGUCUGUGAUCUCUUGGACCUACUGGGUGACUCUCAGGAGCCUGUGCAGCCCAGCCCGGCUGCAGGGAGCACAGCACCGGCCCAGUCCAUCACCACCACCGCUGUAGGAGGAGACCUCCUGGAUCUGCUGGGUGGGUUGGAGCCCACUGCCCAAACACCAGCUCCCACAGUGACGGUGUAUGAGAAAAACGGUGUGACUUUGACACUGAACUGUGAACACCAGUCAGACUCCACCAUGACGGUGACGCUCGCGGCCUCCAACUCCUCCGACUCAGACAUCAGCAGCUUCACCCUGCAGGCUGCUGUACCAAAGAGCGUGCAGUUACACAUGAAGGCCCCCAGCAGGGACUCCCUUCCUGCUCGAGGAGCAGCUAAACUGACCCAGUUGGUGGUCCUCAACAACCCAAACCAGGUUCACCUGAAAAUGAGGAUCCGUGUCUCGUACACCAGCCAAGGGUCGACUGUUCAGGACAUGGUCCAGAUCGACUCCUUCCCUGGACUCCGUGUCACCGGGCUCUGACGGCCGCACAACAGGACCGCGUGGAAGGACCAGGAUCCAGCUGACUCAUGGAGUCCGUCUGCUGCUGGGUUUAUGUUACUAUUUAUUUUGCAAGAAUUCUGAUUGAAGGUUCAGAAGUUUUUCUACUCAUCAGGAACACAAACUCCUGAUGGUGCACACCUGAUGAACUGUUUAAAUUAUUUUUGCUUUUAUUUGUGGGUGGAGGGCGUGGCUGCAGUCACAACCUGACAGACGAUGCACAGCAAGAGAUUUUAUUCAAGUCCAUAAACUUUUUUACAUUUCGGGAUUUGAACAGAUGAACCGAUCUGAACGGUUUUAUUUCUUUAAAUUAGCUUCAUCUACCUUUAGAGGAAAAUCUUAGUUUUAAUGUAAAUUUUAAGGGAUACCUUCAGCAUUCAGAAUUUUAAACCACCAGAUGGCUCAGACUUUUAGUUUUUGAAGACUCCAAGCUAAGUUCAGACACACAUCACUCCUCUCACAGCCCUACCUCUGAAAACACUUUAUUCUUUCUGGACGGUUCAAAUGACUAACAAGUGAAUCAGUACAGUAGUCCCUCGCUACUUCGCGGUUCAUUUUUUGCGGACUUGCUUUAUCGCGGUUUUUC